AUGGCUAGUGGUACCAUCGUUGCGGCCAUGGCGCCGCCGGCUGGCCAGACGUCGAAUUUUGUUGACCCGCCUUACUGUGGUAUCAAAUUUCUCGUUGUGAACUGUGUAUUUUUGCCCUUGGCUGUUGUUGCUUUGGGUGUUCGGGUAUGGACUCGAGCUUUUGUGGUGCGGAGCUUCCGCUGGGAUGACUAUCUUAUGGCUAUGGCUCUUAUUCUAUCAUGUGCCCUGACAGGUGUGACAUUAGAUAUGCUUAAUUGGGGGUUGGGUAAACACAUGUGGGAUGUCCCCGCAACUUCCGUGACGCCAUGGUUUCUCAAGCUUAACGUCAUUUCGGCUAUUCUCUAUUGCGCUGCUACCGGCUUCACCAAAGUCUCCGUUCUCGUUUUCUACCUCCGGAUUUUCCCCAGUCGAAACUUUCACAUUUGCGUUUGGGCCAUUGUGUUUAUUGCGAGCGGCUACGCGAUCGCUAGCAUUCUCGCCAACAUUCUCAGCUGCAGUCCAAUCGCCAAGGCAUGGGACUUGACUAUUACAAGUGGGCAUUGUAUGAAUAGACCGGUAUUCUACUUUGCGAAUGCUGGACUGGGUAUAUUUACGGACUUCGCUACUGUCGUGGUGCCGAUACCGUGGCUACGCCCACUGCAGAUGCCUUUACGGCAGAAGAUUGCUGUCGGAGGUAUUUUGGCUAUGGGAUGCUUCGUGGGAAUUGUCAGCUGCAUCCGCCUGGCGUCGCUUCACGAGCUCUUGGAGAGCCCCGAUUUGACCUGGGCAACUACCAACGCACUGAUGUGGUGCACAAUCGAGCUCAACCUUGGAAUAUUUGGUGGCUGUAUCACAGCGAUCAGACCCUUCAUCCGACAGUACUUCCCGCGUCUGUUAGGUCUGUCAUCUGGCGGAUAUGGCUCAAGCUCUCGGAAGCAUGCCCAUCAGCUCAGUUCAUCACCCAGUCAGCGACCCGACUUCUCAGGCCGCGAGCAUCAGUAUUCGGCAACGCUCACUACGCUCAGGGGACCUGAUAAUGAUAGCGCAGAACACAUUCUCUCGAAACUGUCUUCCAAUCAUGGCAAAGACGCAGAUGAGCCUGCUGGCAUUGUUCGAACUGUUGAAUUCGAUGUGGAAAACACAUCGCGACCGGCGCCAUGA